AUGGAAAAGACCGUAAUCGGAAGAAAAUAUCGUAACCUUUGGGAGACGUACUACUUGAACGCGCAAGCGGUGAUUUUCGUGGUGGAUAGCGCCGAUCGGUUACGGGUCGCGGUGGCACGAGAUGAGUUAUGGAUGAUUCUGGAUCAUAAGGACAUCACUGGACGACCGAUUCCUAUCCUAGUGCUCGCGAACAAAAUGGAUGCCAAAGAUGCAAUGACUGCAGCGGAAAUCUCAACCAGCCUAGGUCUCGAUCUUAUCAGAGGUCAUAAAUGGAAUAUCCACGCCACGUGUGCACUGAAUGGAGCAGGAAUCCAACGAGCAAUCGAAUGGCUGACGAAAGAAAUCAAAGCAUACUUGGACUCGUUAAAAUAG